UGACGCGACGGCGCGUGGGCCUGGGUGGGGCAUCCCGAUCUAUGACGUUAUUCUAUGAAUACACUGCGUGACCGAGCGCGAAAUAAUGGCGGCGCUAGACCAAAAUUUUCUCUGGGGUGUAUUUCAGAAGGUUGACAAGGAUCACAGUGGCCAUAUAUCAUCUCAAGAACUCCAGCAAGCAUUAUCAAAUGGAUCAUGGAAUCCCUUUAACCCUGAGACCGUUCGUCUCAUGAUCACCAUGUUUGAUAAAGACCAUUCAGGUACAAUAACCUUCCAAGAGUUUGGUGCUUUGUGGAAGUAUGUCACCGACUGGCAGAACACCUUCAGAGGGUAUGACAGGGACAACUCAGGAACCAUAGACAAGAAUGAACUUAAACAAGCUCUCACCACAUUCGGCUAUCGGUUAUCAGACAGGAUAUACGACUUACUGAUUCGCAAGUUUGACAGGAGUGGGAAAGGAUCAAUAGCUUUUGAUGAUUUCAUUCAGUGUUGCUGUGUAAUACAGAGUUUGACAAAUUCAUUCCAGGGAUUUGACACAAACAGGAAUGGUUGGAUCACGAUCAAUUAUGAACAGUUCAUGUCGUUAGUUUUCAGCAUUGGAAAGUAGCAGAGCAGCUAGAUGUAGCAGUACUUAAUUACUUAUCAAAUGAUCAUGUUUUAUGGGUUGUUGAUUUUCAUCUAGUGCAGUUAGCAGCUAAAGUCAUAGCAUGCAAGUGAAUGAUGCCUUGGUAGUUUAUAGGUACAAUGUAUCAAUCACCUCAAAAAUGAAUUUGUGUAUAGCUAGAAUGUAUAAAAUCAACCUAAAAAAACUUUACCUGAAUUUAUAUAGAGAAACGGUGAAGGAGUAUGGAGAAACGACAGGAUAACAUUAAAUCCUGAAUAUAGUGCUUGCACAGAACCCAAGUCGGACUCGGGUUCCAUGUGAGCCCUAUUCUAUGGGAGUGUGUACGUGUGCAGUAUAUAGUCUACUGAAGAUGUUUCACUGUUCACUGAGAAUGUAUUUAAAAUGUAAUAUCUCUUUGUAGAAUUGAUAUUUGAAGCUCACAUUUUGAAUACAUUUUAGCCACAUGAAACCACUUACACCAAGAGCACAACAUUUUUCGGUGAUUGGUACUAUUCAACUCGAUUUAGGCCAUGAUGCAAAAUCAAUUCAAAGUAUUAUGAAUAGCAAGAUAUACAUGUAUAAGAAAAUUAAUUGUGGAUGAAUGAUAUCAAUUAGAAAACUUUAAAGAUGGUCAAUUAUUGAUAAAUUCUACUAAUUUAGAUUUAAAAGCAACCACUUUUUCAAAUUGUUCAAGAAAAUGUUACUUUAUUACUGGCAACAUUUAUUUGUGCAAAGGUAUUUACCAGAGCUUUGAUAAUUUGUAUUAUUGCUCCAAAUCGCGAAAGAAACCAUUUUAUGACUAAAUGAUAAUUUCUCUGUUUUACAUAUACCAAUAUGCAUAUGAAGUAUUUUCACUGUUACAUGUACAAUACACUUCUAAUGAUGAUCUUUGUGCAAGUUAAAGUUUUCUAUGGGUUUAUCUUAAAUUUAAGUAGUGACCUUUUGCCUAUAGUUUGGUCAUUGCAUCUGCUUUUUAUAUCGUACCUACUCACACUAUUAACAUGUAUGUAUAUAUCUGAUCUUCUCUUUAUGGAGACUUGUCUUUUAUGUAUUUUUUUUCUUGAAGUGAAAAUGAUGAUUGAUAUAGUUUUAUCAGCCAACUUUUUGGAAGUGCAUUUUGCAUAUUUGGUAUUGGAUUCAUUUUUGAAACUGCCAUGAGGAUGAGGAGAGUCUGAACUGUUUGAUUAUUAUUCAUUUUCAAAUGAACUUUAUGUUGUAAUUUAUUUGCAUGUAUUAGACUAUGCUGCAAUUAAUUCAUCAGUACGUAGAUCAUGCAUGUAAUUUGGCUCUAAAAGAUGGUAAUUGUGGUGUAGAGUUGUACAUUUUCAAAAUAUAACUGUUCUAAUGUUCUGUACCAUGUUUUGUAUUAUCCUUUCAAUCUGCCAAAAGAAAAGACUUCAUAAGUAUAAUUAUUUCUCAUUAUUUCUCAAGUGUCAAAUUCUUGAGUGAUAUAUUCCACAUGUUAUAGACUUUGCUGUUAAUGUAAAUUGGAAGUAAUUAGAAAUGCCAAUCAUGUUAAACUGUUACUUAUAUGGACUACGCUCAUCUGCACUCAAGUCAUACAUGACAUCGUCUCUUCUUGAAAUGACAGGGUAGAUAGUAUGGCUAUUAUUCACUCCAAGGAGUAUUAGAUUAUAAUGGUAUUAAUCAUAUAAAUCUAAAUCUAAGUGUUUGAUUUGUAUAAUAAAUGUUUCUAACCUUUUUGAGGUGUGCCUUUGAUAUUGAAAGUGAAUGAGAUGUCUAUCCAUCAUAGCGCAAGCUAACAAACAUACAUAUUUCCAAUGGUUACCAAAGCUUGAAUACAUUUAGAUACAUGUAGUGUCAAUCUUACUCAUAAUUUUGUCCCAUCUGUAACAGUUUACAGUAGAAAUUGAUAUGAGCUACAGUUACUCUAGCAUUAGCAUGCUUGGACAUUCUUAAUAGGUAGGGGACAAUCAUGCAUGAUAGUCUUACACUUGCAUUAACAAAGCAGAGUAAUAUAGUUACUUGGGAUCAUUUACACUUGGAUGUGAUGAUAUUUUAUGCAACCAUCUUUAUGUGUUACAUUAUUUGCAUGAUGUGCAUGACAUCAUAAAUAUACUGCAUGAUGGCUGCAAUGUUACGUAAACUUGGAGAUAUCAAUUAAACAUAUUAUUUUAUAUAAGUUUUAAGGGGUUUAAAUCUCUAUUUUGACUAUUGACUACUGAUUAAAUGUGAGGAAGAUUUAUUUAUACGUAUAUGUAACUUACAAAGAAUCUGAUUCAUAUUAUUGAAUUUUCUCAAAAAUUAAAAUAUGUAUUGUCUGUUCAGAGUCAGAAGGGCGUUAACUCUGUGGUAUAAGUAUAUGAGCUGAUGAAUUCCCUUCAGGCUCCAAACAGACGUUAUGUAUUCCAUAUAGUUUAGGUCAUGUGUGGGUUACAUCUAUGAAAGCUGAUGCAUGCGAGCACCCACUCACUUAGUGUUGGGAGAUCACCUUGGACAGCCAUGAUAUCAAGGAUUACAAGGGAAUAUAUUCAACUUGAAUUGAUUUAUUUACACAUUUUUAAUUACCUGUACAUUUUCAUUAUUUAAAACAUUAACUCAGUCUAGAACCUCCAAUGAAUUUUAUGCGAAUGGACAGUAUAAGAUAUCUUUGUUACAACAAGGUAAUAAUUGCCUCCACAUUUCUUUAUGCAUCUAUCGCCAUUGUAGUCAAAUCAAAUGUACUAAACUGGGUACUUCUUCCUAGUCUUUCAUAUUAUAAUCAUAAGUUCAAAAUGAGACCUGAGUAUACAUACUGUAUAGGUGGGUGUAUGAGAAGGGAUUGGUAAAUCUAUAUAAUCAUAUCUCAUGCAUGAAUUCUUGUUUUUAGCAGUCUAUUAAAAGAAAUACUUUAUUAAUAAAUCAGAAUACUACAGUUCA